GAUCCGUUAUGUUGAUCUCAUUUAGGUGAAGUCGAAGGAGAAAGAGCACAAGGAAGUCCUUCAAAAUGCUGAUGUCAUUCGUAUUCUUUUCGAUGUUCCUUAUUCAAUCAACUCAUGGAACUCCUAUUUCCAAGCAACGGUCAGGUAUAGUAUCUCACUUUAAAUAAUGUCUGUUUUUUGUAUUUGUUUGCAUAAAAAAAAAAGAAGAGAACGAAAAGAAAUCACCUGCAUUAGUUAGUUUGUACAUCAGCCCGGGUUGUUCAAAGUUUGGAAAGCGCUAUCCAACGGAUAAAUCACUACCCAGCGGAUAGGCAUUAUUAGGGAAACCAAUUGCUCUAUGCGCUGGAUGGAGAUUUAUCCGGUGGAUGGCGUUAUCCACCGGAUAAAUCACCAUCCAGCGGAUAUAUAUUUGGGAAACCAAUUGCGUUAUCGACUGGAUAGCGAUUUAUCCAGCGGAUAGCGCUAUCCACCUUUUGGACAACUGCAAAAGGAAGAAGUUCUCUCUCGGCAAAGAAAUGUACAAAAAAGCGUGAUGCACGUGCAAAGUUGUUGUUUUGCCAAUUGGCUCUUUGCCAUUCUCGUUGCCGUCGCCGUGGUCGCUGCUUAAGCUCCCUAUUGUCCGCAUUAGUGUUGAUGGGGCCUAAACCAUCUGCACUGUGUUUCUAUAGAUUCUGAAAAAGGCCCCGCGCUGUGCACCGGCCGGUUUCUACAAGUUCUGUUUGCCUAACUAUGAUUGAUCCUAUGUUAUGUGUACGUCCUAUCAUUGUCCUUUCAGUUUGGAACCGGCAGAACUGUCCGUCUUAUCUAAGAGUGAUGUUCGUUUUAUAGUGAGUCGAAAAUGAGGGAUUAAAAAAGGCAGGGACCAACUCUAGGUGUCCAUUUUAUAGACAGUAAACUAAAAGGAGUAAAAAAAGGCAGGGACCGACCCUAUAUAGGUGUCCGUUUUACCGAAGUGUCUGUCUUAAAAAGGUGUCUUUUAAGAGAGUAGACUGCAAUGUAUAUAAAAAUAGGACAUGUGCUUAUGAUUUUGGUUUUUUUCUGUAUUAAAGCUCUGACCGUUCAAGAUGAUCCCACCCUUUCAGCAACGGAAAUUAUUGACAAGAUCAAUGAAGGUAAAUCAAUGCAUGUUACAUUACUGACUCAGAUGCUGUUGUUCGCAUGAGCAACUUGAAAAUGUCAAAUAUUGAUUCAAGGUUUUUUUAUACUGGCGAGUGUAUCCGCACAAACGUAAGCAUAAAAUCUUUGUGUCCAAUAAAAAUCAACGUCGACGUUAGUGUACUUAAGGGAAGGGAAAAUUUUGAUUCUGGCUUAUGAUUGUGCCUAUGUAAAUAAAUCGUUUUCACGUGAAAGUUAAAACUCAAGAUCUGCAAGAUGGCGUUUGCAUUAACACCGCAUGUGUAAACUAGUUUUGUAAAGCUGUAUAUUUUGGUGAUUUCUAGACUGUUCACAGUCCACUAUUUUUUCGUGAGAUCGUUUAGACAUACCGCGUCUUACCGUCACUGGUACCUUGAUUUUCAAAUGUCCCAAACCGGGGAUUAUAGCUCUGGGGGAGAGUCGCUUCCUCCCAAACCGCCCCCGCUCCCUAAUUAGUUUUGACACUCAUGCAAGAUGGCAGCCCGUAACACAAAGCGCUCGAUCUCGAUGAUCUUACGGAAAAAUAGAGGACUGUGAACAGUCUAGGUGAUUUCAUAAUUAUAAAACAUAUUUUUUGUAAAUUGCAAUAAUAUCUUUCUCCCAUUAUCAUCACGAUAAAUAACAAUUAUUGAAUUAGAAUAAGAUUUUCCUGCUUUCCCAUUGGUUUAAAUAUGCUGGAUCUCGGUUAUCAGCCAAUGGCCAUUUUUAUCAUCUGCAAAGCUUAAAGUCGACUGGUGUAGAAACGGGACGCAUAAAAGUAGACAAAACAGUGAAAAAAAAUUUUUUCUGAAAAAAGACAAAACACUGACUCUACCAAGUCCGUUUCUGGACGAGUUGGGCAUAAAUGCGCAUGCAUCCCUGUUUACGGUGUCCCGUUUUUACACUAGACGCAUUAAACGUCUGAGUCGUGAAAGUCAUCAGUUGAGUGCGUCUAAACGACGCACUUAAACACGACGUUAAAGUAGUCAGAUGUUAAAUGUCUCUGCCUUAUUUAUCGUUUUUAUACUAGACAGGACGACUUUAACGUUUAUCUUAGUCAACUUAAACGUCUCUAGUAUACAAACGGCCAUUAUGCCAAAGGUUGAUCAUGACCUUAUAUGGAAAAUGGGUGCGACAGUGAAUCGAGGUCGUACUUACCGACUUCAUGAAUCCUUAACAAUUACAGUAGACGUUUGAUAAAUUAAAUACAAUUUUUUGAAAGGAAAGAUGGACAAUUUAACAAAACAACUGUUAUAUUCGCCCUUUUUGGAUACACGAUUGAUUAUAACCAAUUCGGCUCUUCGCGCCUCGUUGGUUAUUUACCACCUCGUAUCCAAUGAGGGAUCAUGGAAUAAACGUUAAUAAUUCAUGAUAUCUUAAUGUUUCGAAGUUGAGGAUGUUGAGCCAGGACUAUACGAGGGCGACAUUCUUCUGGAUAAAGACAGGCCAAGUGAUGAUGAUUUACGACAAAGGAGGAAUGCGAGAAGACGGAGACACUACAUCUGGAAGAAGAAGAUAAUUCCUUACGUGAUCGACAGCCAACUUGGUAAUUCGUUUUCUUAAAAUUUUUGCUACGAGAGGGUCUUGAGUAAUGCUUAGUGUAACUUGCGUGUCAGUUAUUCCUCUUUCUCUCCUAGAACAGUGGUUCUAGCCUGUUCCAGGCUGUCAUAAAAUGGUAGGGAUGACGCGUAAGUGAAAGGCGCCCGAAAAUAUGAGGAUAUGAUCCGGGAUUUUCGUGUUCGUGAUUUCUCAAUUCAGUGGACCCAACUAUCUCGGAGCCUGGAACAGGCUACAGAGGUUCCCGCUGGUAUUUCAAUUAGAAUUUUAAAAAAUGGAAAGUGCGCCGCGAGAAGAUAGAGGAGGCAAAAGACUUUCUUUUUUUUCCCUCUCCCCAGAGUCUUCUCCACCGAGGAGACAGCCAAGACCACCAAAUCCCUAAGUCGCGGUCAAGAAUAACCUGAGAUCAGGCCCAAUCUUAGCUGUUCUCAUACAUUCCCUCUAACGGCUACCGCUAAAAUUGGUUUUCGUUUCGCCUUGCCCGCCGGAAUGUUUCUUUCAAAGCGAAACGAAAAUAGAGCCUUAUCUCAGGUUAGGUCAAGAAGUGUUUUAAUAGCUAAACUAGCCUGAGUAGCUAGCAGUUUUACCUGGAGAGUGCACAAUUGAGAGCCUCAUUUUCCUCUCGGCUUUCGCUCCUACCCCACGUACAAAACAGCCAGCUACCCAGAUGAGCGAAACUGGAGAACUACCAGCGCCAUUUGCCAAUAUAAAAAGAAUCGCGUUAUUUUGUGAUAGAUGAAGAGACAGUUAAUUUAACUGUUUGAACGCCACAAACGUCUUACCGGUGUGGGGAGUGGUAGGCUGCGCACGAUGCUAUAUAACAUCACUCCAAAGCAAACUCGUUACUUUUUUCUCUUUAUUAUCAUUAUCAAUGUGUCCGUUAGUUUGUUCUGAUUGGAGUUGUUUUUCAAUAUUUAUCUCCGAUGACAGUGAGUGAGGGAUAUGGUUCAACAAUCCAAGCUGCAGUUGAUCAGUUCGCUCAACAUACCUGUAUUACAUGGAAGCCUCGUGAAAAUGAAGAGAGAUGGGUAACCUUUGUGAAGAAAUCGGGGUGUGUAUAACCAGUAUUGCUUGGCCUCAGGUGUUCUAAAGUUGCAUUGCCCUAUCCACUGGACAAAGCACUAUCCAGUGUAGCAAUUUAGGUUUCUUUGAAACUGCCCGCCUACCCCUCCCCUAAGCUAUCAUUUUGCCCUAACUGAGAGGUAAGUGUUAAUGUUAGCUUAGGGGAGGGUAGGUAGGCAGUUUCCUAGAAACCUAACGUGAUCCGUGAGCCCGCUCGACCAAAACCGCCAUGCUACGCAGGUUACAGGUAUUCUAUAGUUGUAUAGCACUACCUACCGGUCAAACCACUCUCUAGUGGAUAGGUAUUAGGGAAAACAAUUGCGUUAUCCACUGGAUUGAGAUUUAUUCAGUGGUUAGUGUUAUCCACCCUUUGAGUAACUGGGCCAUGAUGGGUAGUGCAUCCGUACUGUGUUACACUCACAAUACAGUCAAUUCUCUUUAAGGCAGUCACCUUUUGGAGGGGCACUAAGUGUUGGUCUAAGAAUGAUGUGAGUCUUCAGAGAGUCAAAUAAAGGGAGUAAAGAAGGGCAGAGACCAAAUCUAGGUGUCCGUUUUACCGAGGUGUCCGUCCUAUAGAGGUGUUUGUUAAGAUAUAGUCGACUGUGCACCUCGCGCAGACUAAACACAGUAACAGUAGGCAAUCUGAGGUUGCGCACAACACUAGAUCGAUGUUGUUUCAAAUUGAAGUUGCCCGGGAAACUAGGUCGAAAUUCCCCCCCCCAAAAAAAAGAAAACAACAAUCCCAUAUCAUUUGACCUUACUCACGAUACCCACUACCCUUGCACUCGCUUUAGGAUUGAUGGGAUAAAAGCAAUGUCACGUGGUAUUUCAGGGAACAAACAAAAGAUGAAAUUUGCCAAUGCGUGAGAUCGCAGUCGACUUUAUUUAUUCUCCAAAACACAAAACGACGAGUUAAUAGUCAUGCAAAAUGUACGGCUUGAGUUUCGACAAAAUUAACGUCAUUAAUGCUUGCUGGGAGGACAUCUACGUUCGCUACUGUAUCCAAAAAAGUAAAAAUGAUCACUUCCACCCAUAAUUUACCAUUAUCGUCUUUAACGUAAAAAGUUGUUCAUUUUCUGGUGGGGAGAAAAAACAAACUCGACCGCGAUUUCUGGUAUUGGAAAAAUUUAUCACAUGUUUGCCCCCUGAGAAAACACGUGACAUCACUUCUAUCCCAUCGAGCCUAAGCGCGUGCAAAGAUGGCGGGCAUCGUGAAUAAGGUCUAUUCAUGUCCAAUUCUGUCAAUACUUCCUUCUUUUCCCUUUCUUUUCUUUUUAUAUUUAUUGUCAAAUAAGUUACUUACUUUGUCUUACAAUCGCGGCGUCAGUUAGUUUACUUUGAGCUAGCAAAUGACUGACGUGACCAUUCUGUGCCACCCCUAAGCUAACGUAACACUUACUUCACACUUCGGGCAAAAUGUUGGCUUAGGGGAGGGGUAGGUGGGCAGUUUCUCAGAAACCUAAUCUGAUCCGAACUUGAGAUCCGAACACUCUUGGUACUUUAAACAAGCAUAGUAGGAAAUCGAUUCGUUCUUUGCUUGAAAACCAGAGAGAACCAGAAGGCUGAGCCGAGUUUCAGUCAAAUUUUUACGGAAUGCGCGUUGUUUCCUUAAAAUAAUUUGGCCUACAAGCUGAUGUCGAUUCUUGACAAAGUUCAUAAUCACACAUCGUAACAAACGCAAAUUCACAGUCUUUAUUUCCUUCUGGUGUGGACGUUUCAUUCCAAGCAUGAGUUUCCUUCCUGUUACUUGUAGCAAAAUACACUGGCGGAUCCAGGGGAGGGGCCUGGGGGGGCCGCCCCCCCUUAUUUAUAGACCAAGCCUAAAACACGUUUUUGAAGACCACCCCUCCUCCCUCCCCAUCUCAGGGUCUGGAUGACCGGCCCUCCUUAUCCCAAGGUCUGGAUUGUAAAUUGAAAUAGUUCAUGAAGGUGACAUUUUCUUUGCUUCAUCUCCACUCCAGGUGCUACUCUUCAGUCGGAGUACAUUAUUGGAAGACUGGGUCCCAGGAUAUUUCCCUAGGAAACGGCUGUAACCAUCAGGGUGUCAUCAUGCAUGAAAUGAUGCAUGCCGCUGGUUUCUGGCACGAGCAGUCACGCUAUGAUCGUGACCAGUACGUCGAAAUAAUGUGGGAGAAUAUUCAGCCUGGUAACGAGAAAAACACUUGAUAAGAUGACCUAAGGAAGGUUUUGUGAGCCCGUGAGACUGAGCAGCCCCCACAAACCCUUGUUUUCACUAAAACCGCUGGACACAAAACCUCCCCUGGGUCGAUGUUAUAUUGUCACAACCAGAUUUGUGAACUUGCGAGAAUAAGCACCCCUAUCAAAACCUUGUUUUCAGUGCAACCGUUGGUUACUGAAUUGAUGUGUUGUCCACACUUUGUUCCCAGGAACCAUGGCCAGUGCCUGGGUACCCGCGGCACAAAAUGGUGUUGUGUUCACACCUUGAGUACCCGAUAUGUGACUGUCUACAUAGGUACUCCAUUUCGUCCUAUCAGACGCCAUUUUGAAACAUGACCAUAGUAGGAGUACAAAGCAGUGAAGUACAUACCCCAGAACUAACAAGAAACAGUUGCACACAGGGACCCUGUGCUCACUAUUAGGGAACUUAAGCAAAGACGACGGUGACGGCUACGAAAACGUCACUUAAAAAGUGAAUUUGCGCUGCCUCAAACUUAAUCGCGCUUAUUCCAUCUGGUUUCAUUCGUCAAAUCAUGGCUUUUUUAGUUUGGAGUUCAAUUCUAAAGGACUUUAUCAAAGUUCAGGAAAAGAAAAAUAAAGUUGUUGUCUUGUGUUCCUGUCCUCGACAAAAUGUGAAAUUAGGCACUUUCAUGUUGUAGUCGCGUAACGACAGUCAAGAAGCGCGAUACCCGUGCAUAGUUGUUGUUUUGCUAAUACAAACCUAUUGCUUUUUUGCCGUUCUCGUUACCGUCGCCGUCCUUGUUGCUUAAGCUUUCUAUUGUGUCCGAGUACAAACCGGCCGCACCGUGCCCGAAUUCUAGCGUGAGUACUUGAAAAAUGGGUGUGUUCACGUUAGUGCUCAGCGAGUACCGUACUCGGGCACCGUGCCCGGGUAUCAAGUGUGAACGCUGCUUAAACCUUUAAACCUUAAGGGUGAUCAGCAUCAAAUUUCUCCUUGUAAAAUCAAUGCUUUGUAAAGCAGAGUGGUCAUAAGAAUUAAAGACAUGGUUACACAAGACAUAUAAUUGCCUGAUAUUUUAUCAACUUCUCCCCGCUGCUUCUGUAGUGAAUGAAUAGAGGCGACAAAUGAGAAUUUUGGUUUUGAUCUUAGGGUUUAAAGGGUUAACGCACUUGCCCUCUUUUAAUAACUCGAUAUACCAGACGUCGUAUUGACAGAGAUAGGGGUAGAAUAAGGAUACUAUCCCUAUUAAAAAAGUGUUUUUUCCAGUUGACACCAACUUCACGUCGUGAUAGGACACAGAUGAUAGAUGUUUGUUGUCAUAUAAAGGUAGUAUUCAGAUCCAUCGAAACUCUCUAACCUCAACAAAUUUGUCUUCCAGGUAAAGAACACAAUUUCGACAAAUACAAUCUCAAUGAAAUUGACUACUUAAGUGAAGUUUAUGAUACAGAAAGCAUAAUGCAUUAUGGGAAAAUCAGCUUUUCAACGAAUGGUCAACCAACGAUUCAAGCUCUCGGCAACCCUGACAAACAGCUUGGUCAGCGGAACGGUUUCAGCAAAACAGACAUUGCCCAGCUUAAUGCGCUGUACGACUGUUCAGGUAAUAUCCAUUGAGUUUCACUCCAAGGCAAGGUUUUUAACCUGUGGGCGAAAUCAUAAGGUGCUACUAUUCAUAUGAAACUUCAGUCUGACAGCUUUUAACACAGUAGUGUUUAUUUUAGUACGUGGUAACAACCUUUGAUACUGUGGAGUCCUAUGUUGUUGUUACUAUUCAAGUGAAAUUUCAAAAACCUCUUAGGCAGUACUUUUCUGAACACGGUACUGUUUAUUUAGAACGUGGUUCUAACUUUUGAGUAUGUGGAUGAAAUCCUAUGGAGUAAUCUGUCAAAAGAAACUUCACUGGCAGUUUUUUGGCUGUAGUGUUUCAGCUACAAGAGAACAACAGGCAGAUUAAACUUUAAGUCUUAUGUAGAAAAAUUCAGAAUGUCUGAUGCUAUUCAUUGAGCAUAGUUUUGUAAGAUAAUCGUCACGUGAGUUGCUCUCAUUCCCAGGUCCCAGUGGUGGUUGGAGUGGUUGGACAGAUUUCGGUCCGUGCGACAGUCAAUGCUAUCAUAGUCGUCAACGCUUUUGCGCGUCACAUGACCUUGCCAACUGCCCCGGAGCCGACUAUUAUGGUGUUGAAACUGAGACUGAAAAGUGCCCGGAUGAAAAGUGCUAUGGUAACUAAAUACGCUUAGUUGUUCUCAUUGAAUAAAACUCACGCUAAAAAUUCAUAAAACAAAAACUCAAAAAAAAAAUUAAUUAAAGCAAAAAACACACAAACACAAUCCAAUAGAGGAAUAUCGAAUAUCGAGCGUGUUAUGCUGUUCUGGUAUUCUUGUAUUUUGAUGUUGUCAGUAUUGCAAUUUCCAUUGUGUUCAUUACGAUGAUUAUCAUUGUUAUGAUCAUUACGGCCCUUCAUUAACAUGAUCGUCAUCAACUUUGUUAUCAACUCCUUCGUCGUCACCAAUAUGGUCAUCACCAUCAUCAUUAAUGUUAUAAUUAUCACUGUUGUUAUCAUCAGUGCGCAUGUGUGAGGUGCUGGCCAGACCGUGAGUUGGGUUAUCUGUGCCCCUUGCUUUUUUUUAUCUUUGUCCUUGCCCUUAUUUAGCCAUUCUCACUCAAGUUACUAACAGUCAAAAGUAAAAGCCAAUCAUCAGUCGCCAGCUAAGCGUAAAAGUAAAUAAUUAAUAGUGAAUGAAUAAUAAAUUUGGUGGUUGAAUGCAUCUUAGCACCAUUAGAUGGACACUGGGGAAGGUGGUCUGCGUGGUCUUCCUGUAGCGUGACAUGUGACACAGGAACCUAUAAAAGGACGAGAAAAUGUGAUGAUCCAGAACCCAAGAAUAAUGGAAAGGACUGUGAAGGCCAAAGUCAGGAAGUCGGUCAAUGUGUCAUGCAGCGAUGCGGAUUGGGUAAGACCGUGGGUUUUGUUGUUGUUGUUAUAUGUAAUAUAUCAAACAUGAGAUGCAGUGUUUCAUCACCAGAUGAAACACCAAGAAGAGAGUUGAAAAUACGACGCGCAGCGGAGUAUUUUUGACGAAAUUCGAGGUGUUUCAUCUGGUGAUGAAACACUGUGUCGAAUGUUUGAUAUUUCUUCUCAAACAAAAUCAUUUUUGAAGGAGAAAUUAAGGACGCAAAUACUAAGCAGUGUUUCAUCCGAUUUCCAAACACUCAUUAAACAUUAAUUUCCUUUGUAUUUUCUUAAUGAAUUAUUAAUGAGUUUGAGAAAAGUACUUUCGCAUUUAGUCAGCAAGAUUAAGGUUACCGAUUUUGUUUAUCGAUAAUAGUCGAUAAAUUAUUUUUUCUGUAAUUUCGAUUUCUACCGAUUUCCGAUAUCAAUCGAUAUGAAUCGGCAGAAUAAGACGAUUAAUACCGAUGAUAUCGAGUGAUUUCCGACAUUGAUUUUUAUCGAUUAACUACGUCUUGAUGGGUAGGUCGUUCUGACUCGUUCUUGAAGCCGGUUUCAGAUUGAGCCGUUCUUUUGCCGAAAGUUCUUCAAAUGAAUAGCACAUACAAAAAAACAGAGACUCUUUGCUACGUUAGGACUCCAUAAAGCUGCGGCCUAUUCAUAUGUUCUCCCCGUGCAUUUGUGAUUUCAAUCGGCAGGUCCUUUAGAUUGUGAGUUUGAAGCAGGUGGAUUGUGCCACUGGACUAUAUGUAAUCCAAGUAAUUACCCCCGCUGGUAUUAUCACAGUGGCCCAACCGGAAGUUCAGGCACAGGACCCAAUGGUGACCAUACUUCCGGCUCAGGUAACUUAACUCAAGUCGUCUCCUAAUAUCGCAUGGAAGAAUGGACUAGAAAGCACUGCGUUAGUCACGCUGUGAAUUGAUUUCCCAUCAGUCAAUUUUAUUUAUUUUUAGCACUUUUUGUUGCUUUCGAGCUAGCGCUUGGCAUUUUUCCUCAUGAAGUCAUCUAUGAUUUGAAAACAGGCUGUAAAGAGGAGAAGAUGUAGAAUAUACUCUAGAUAACCUACAAUCUACUGUUUACGAAUUUCUCAUAUUUUACCCUUCAACUCUACUUGUAACUAUAGCAAUGGUUUAACAAUGAGCAUCUAAAGUGUAACAUGCGUGGCAGACGUUCCAAGGGGAAAAUAAAGGAGGAAUUAGGGCGCGCGUGUACGCGAGGGUGCCCUUCACGUUCUCGCGCGCUCGAAUUCCCUAUUCCCUCUUCCUUUUCGAACGUCUGCCAUGCAGGCUACAUACAUAAAGUAACAAUAACAUUUAAAUUUAUCUUAUGGCCAUUAUAUAUUCCAUAAAAAUAAAACAUGGUACCACUGUUCUUUUAUUGCCACUAUCAGGAAAUUAUAUGUAUUUCGAGGCUUCAUCGCCCGCCCAGCAAGGGCAAACGAAUUGCUUUUACAGUCAGGACCUUCCUGUGGAAUCAUGUCGAAGCCUUACAUUUUGGUACCAUAUGCUUGGGUCAGGAAUCGGUGCACUUAGGGUCAAGUUGCAGUUCAGUGAUGGCACAUUGAGCACUAUUUGGGAAAAGAAAGGUGAACAGGGAAAUCAAUGGAUCCAAGCCAGUGUAGAGAUCAAAGAAGACUCACAGUAUAAGGUAGAGAAAUUGUCAUCGUUAUUUUAUACGUUUCUGGGAAACUGUCCACCAACCCCUCCCUUAAGCCAACAUUAACACUUACUUCUCACUUUGGGCAAAAUGUUGGCUUAAGGGAGGGGUAGGUGGGCAGUUUCCCUGAAGCUUAUAAUGAUCCAUAAUGACUUCCGCCCUUUAAGUCCCAGUAGUGGCCAACAUAAAUUUUCCCCUAACGAUAUCCAUACAUUGUCAAGAGAUAAAGUUAUGAGAAUUAAUAAAAUGAUCAUCAAAGAGAAAAUGCCAUGAUUUUUUAUCAAAUUCUUUCAACUAAUUCUUAAAGUAAACGAAUGGAGAUCAGUUUCGAGAAUUUACAUGUGGAUAUUGGGGCUUAAAGUGUUAGGGCUAUGUUCACACCAUGAACACGUCCUUUCGUGCCAACACAAAAAGCUAGAGCGAUUUUCGUAUGAUCUUGAAAAAUGGUUUCGGUAAGUGCUCGUUAUUUGUUAUCAGCCAGUGGAUGAAAACAUGAAAACAUAGACUCCCUAGUAUGGAGAAGGCAUUGUUCGAUUGGCCAAUCGUGUUGCAGUAUGACGACAAAGCGAAGUAUCGAUUGAUUUCUAGAAAGCUCUCGGACAUGAAGUUUUUUCACCAAAGCGUUCGCUUAACCAGUUAAAAGCCAAGCGCGUUUGUAUCCGUUAAAUAAACCAGUCAAAUCGCUCUAUUUCCGUUCAAUUGUUGUUUCUGUUCUAUUCGCGCGUUUUUAUUUCAAGGUCAUACGAGAAUCGCUCUAUCCGGUAUAGUAUGAACGACAACAACACAGAGCUGAAGCAAGUCGUUCACACAUAUUGAUCAUCGUUCGGAGCAGUUAGCCGAGAGGGUUAGGAAAACUAAAUUCCAGUCCUCGUUUCUGAAUAUUUACUUCCGUCUUAGUAGAUUCCAGUCCAUAUCUGUUCACACUGCACCCGGCACAGAACACCAAAGUGUGGCACAGAACCUAUCCGAUAUCGAGAUCAACGCGGGGCAGGUUCGCUCCAUUAGGGUGGAUUUCCACAGUCGCGUAAUUUUUACGUGCGUGUACGCGCACGUAAAUUUUAAUCACAUAAAUAAAAUAGAGGCGAGAUAUUAAGUGUUAAGCUUAAACGUGAAGUUGAUCGAGGUUCAACUUUUAAGCUUACGUGCGACGUUUCAUGCAUUGCCUCUAUUUUAUUUGCUGAUGUAAAUUUUACGCAUGUGCGAGCGUAAAAAUUACGGGACUCUAGAAAUCCACCCUUACGGAAAUCGCGCCGAAAUCACUGUUCUUAUGUGUGAAUUAUUCGUUUUCAUCGUAUGGUUUUGUACCAGCGCAAGAGCUAUCUGCUAUAAUGUCGACAUCGCCUUAUAAUCAUAAUGAAAAUGAUGAUACUUAUUGUGACCAUGGUCGUUUUUUAUCCUCAAUACGCAUAAUCCGUUCACGUGAAAAAUGCGUCUACCGUUUUAUUGCGUAAAUCCCCACUGGACGAUCUGUCGGAUGCACUAUAGAGCUCUCUGUUUAUCAUGUCAAAUGAAAAACAGAACAGUUACUUUGUUUUGGCAUAUGAUCCCAUCAAAAUAUUUCAGUGACAGCGGUGAUGUUUACGAUGAUGAGAUACAGAUUACGUCAGUGGUGAUAGCGAUAAUGAUGAUGAUUGUGACGCGGAUAAUGAUCAUGAUCGCAUGCAGCAGCUAGGGUUGUUUUAUAGUUUGUCUCAGUAGUGAUAUGGUCAAUGAGAUGGUUCAAGACAGUAAAUUUUUCUUCUUUUUUUUUUUUCAGGUUUAUUUCGAAGGUGAACGUGGUGGAGACUUCAGAGGCGACAUUUCUGUCGAUGACAUAGCAUUUAAGAAGUGUCCUGAGCCUACACAAGCAACCCAACAACCAACAACUACACAGGCGCCUACGACAACCAAACAACCAACAACUACACAAGCUCCCACAACAACAAAACAACCGACAACUACACAAACGCCCACAUCAACAUUACCCCCGACAACGUCAUCUGUAGGUAAAUAAUUUUUGUUGUUGUUCGCGAUUGGUUGAUUUCGAGUAGGGGGUGAAAAAGUGUGGAUGUCGAUGUAUUUACUUGUUUCAAUGUUUUAGGUAAUUUUAAGGAUCUCUUUACUUGUUGGUUCUCCUCGUCUAUUCUUAGAAACAAUGCGCAGUUAAAACACGCAUAUAAGGAAUGAAUGAUUUUCCAGUAAUCGGAUACUCAUGUUUUGCGCACAGGAUUUUGGGAUCGCCAGGGGGAAAACAUUGCGAGUCGCUACAAAGAAUUGUAUGGCGUGGAGUUGUUUCUCCGUUAAAAGCAGAGUCUCUGGGCAUAGAAUGCCGCACUUUGCCGUGAAAGACACUGCUUUUAAACGGAGAAACAGCUUCACGCCCUACAUUUCUUUGUAGCGACUUGCAAUGUUUGCCCCCUGGCGAUCCCAUUAUCCUGUGCGCAUAACUAAGUCUCCGAUUACUGGAAAAUCAUUCAUUGCGGAUAUCUAGCUGGGCUCGAAUUUAACCAAAUGACCAAGAACCUUAUCCUUCUCCUUAGGCCCCAAAGGCGCUUUGUGAGUAAAUGGAGGAGGCUUGGGGCCAAGGCUGGAGCCCAUAACCCGGAGCGAGCAACUUCCACGCGCUUGUGUCACGGCGUUUUCACAGACCAGUUUAUUUUUAGAACGGUUUUGGCGCGAAUUUGGAAUAUCUUUUAAAUUCCACAAACCAGUCAGCAAAACCUACAGACCAAAAAAUGAUACUUUUUGCCUUUCAAUAACGGUUAGUUUUCCUUUUUGAUAUCGUAUACUUCGAAUGCGCUCAUAGACAUGGUGGAGAUUCUGGGCGCUUUCCAUUUACGAAAAAAACCUGGAAGUUUCGGUGGUAGCAAAAGUGGAAUUUCCGAUUGGUAAAAAGUUGUUCCAUUUGGUCGUAAACCCCGGUACGUGGCCGGGUGCCCGACCGUGGAUCUGGAACUGGUACAAACUGCAAGAAACGUCAAUGGAACACGACAUUCCGUUCGGAAAUUCCAACCGGGAAAACGGGACCACCUUUUUAGAUUUUCCACUUUUUCUGGGAAUUUUCCAGUGGGACGAACCGACGAAACGUGUUCCAUUUACCGCCGAACCGGAAAUUCCGGAAAUUUUGACUAAAUGGAAAGCGCCCUCUAUUUUCGCGGGAAAAAGUGCCCUAAAAUGUGUCUUAAAAUAAACUAGUCCGUAAAAACGCCGUGACAUAGGCCUGGUAUGGGAGUUGCUCGCUCCGGGUUAUGGGCUCCUGGCCAAGGCCAAUUCUCCAGACGAUCCAUUCUAGUCCCCAGAGCCUUCUGGGGGCCUGAGCACGAGGACCAGGAGGCUCUGGGGACACAGGAUUUGAAGUCCUAGAUUUUAGGACUUCCGGUCAUUUCUGAUUUUUUACAACGUUUUUAAUAGCGUGCACUUACUCUUGCCGAAGAGUCAAUAAAAAUUUAGGUGAUUCAAAGCUUUGAAAAGAGGAUCCUCCAACUUACUUUUGUAUCGGAAAUGACCGGAAGUCCUAAAAUCUAGGACCUCAAAUCCCCUGUCCCCAGAGCCUCCUGGUCCUCGUGCUCAGACCCCCAGACGAUCUUGAGAGUGCCACCAAAAGUCCGUGGUUCUUAUGUGCGUAUUUCCGCAGUGUUUAUUGAGAUAUAAGUAUGUGAGUUCAUUGACGUGCUUUGAGUUAAUAGAGAGUUGUGUGUAAAAGAAGAAUUUUAAAGAAGAUGUUACUAUUUCAGUUCUAGAUUCCUGUGACUUCGAUGGUAGUAGCAUGUGCGACUGGACUAACCGUCCCAGCAACAGUUAUGACUGGCAGCUAAACAAGGGAGCUACUCUUUCUUCUAACACAGGACCCGCCAACGACCAUACUAGCGGUCAAGGUAAAGAAGAGGGCAGUAGGUUCUAACAGCAACAUUUCCAAAUGUUUUACCUUGCUACCACUGAUUUCUUUCCGGGGUAGUUCUUAGCAUGAACGAAGUCGUUCACGUCGCCCUCCUCCGCGUAGUCAGUUGGGUGUUUUCUCUGUUAGGUAGCUUUAACAAUGGCAACGUAAUACAGUUGAACUCUCCACAACGGCCCGGGGGGGUACUUGGGUUAAUUUUUGCUGGGUAAGUGCUGCUGGCCUCUCAGAGCCCCUACCCCACUAAAGUCUAUUCUGUGGGCAAUUAUAGACCCCAUCUUAGUCACUUUUGGGCAAUUGUGUAAUUUUCGCGAUCCCAACUUAGUCACUUAAGUUUCUAUUUCUAUAAAUUGACCCAUUUUUUAGAAUGAGUGAAAAACAAUUUACUUUUCAUCUGUAGUACAAACAUUUUGGUACGUUUGCUAACCGUAAAUAUAAAGAACUGUCUUACCCAAAAAAUCCGAAAAUGUGCGACCCCAUUCUAGUGACCCUAUUGAAAAUGCAACCCAUUAUAGUCAAUCCAGUCGUUAAAAUGCGACCACAUCCAGCACAUCCCCAUUAGCCUCUUAUAAGGAAGUAUCCCCCCCCCGGGCACAACGGCCAACUUGGGGACAGAAGAAAGUGGCCGUUGUAGAGAGGUUUAACAAGAGUCAAUGUAUAGAUAUGUUCGACUUAAUAACAACUAAAACCCGUUUUGACCAGUGGUAGAAACACGGUGGUCAAACGUCCAAGGCGUCUGUUUUCUUGUUUUAUUCUCUAGAAUUUCAUUAACCAGCAAGAACAAACAUGGGCAAGGAUGUUUAAAGUGAUUAGUUAUUAUAACCAUCUUAAAUAUUGAGCUUGGUUUCGUUGAAAACGCUGGCAAAAUUGCUCCGAUCGUAACACCAGUUUCAGUUUUUAGAUACACUGUAAUUAGAACAUUUUUUAGCAAUUUUUUAGUUCUGAAAUUAACAGCGUAUCAACAGUAAAAUCUCAGACUUUGAACAAUUAAAGUAACGACCUUAGCUUUGAAGAAUUUUCUUAGCUCUUGCAAAAAUUUCUCUCGUUUGAAAGCGAUAAAGUGCAAAGAGAGGAUCGGCAAAUUGAGUACUGAGAAGUCACGUUCAAUCCUUUUCGCCCUUUUUCGCGUUCUUAUUUGACGUUGCGUUGUCUGUCUUGUCUUUCGUAAAAUCAUAAAUCUACCUACUCUUUAUUUGCUAUACUCUGCACCUGGGUACCAAAUCCUCUUAUUUAUUCAUCAAAUUAAAGCCCAGUUUGAUUUGACUUUAUGAUAUCAUUUCUAGGAAGUUAUAUUUACUUGAACGCCGCCAAUCAGCUAAGUGGCCAUCGAGGCGAGCUGAUAAGCAAACAGUUUCCUGGUGACACGGCCAAAUGCCUUCAAUUCUGGUAUCACAUGUAUGGUAAUGGAAUGGGAUCAUUCCGUGUUUUUAUUACAAGAGGAAAAAAAGGUAGACGAUGGGAGCUUUUUAGAAAAGUAGGCAACAGAGGAAGUAACUGGCAAUACAAAGGGGUUAAUGUGAAGAAACACAAGCGCAACAGGCCUUUCAAGGUAAUAAUAUUUUCAGAUUCGGGCGGGUUUAACUCUGCAUUUUUGAGAGAAGGAGUUUUGCUAAGACUAACACAUGCCGUAGCCUAUACCAUUACCAUUUUUUGCCUGUAUUUGCAACCUUAGAACGUAAAUCUUAGAACAUGGAAUAAAUACUCCCAAAAAGAUAGAAAAAGAUAGAGAUCAGCGGUUACAGCUUGUGCAGAUGUGAAGGCACCCUAAGUGAUCUAAUGGCAGGCAAAGCAGACUGCCUAAAACAGCUUAAUGUAGAAGAUGACGUAACUCCAUAAGGGAGCAGACUCCAGACUCUAAUAACCCUUGGGAAAAAUGAAUAAUUGAAAGCUGAGACAUUCGCCUUGGCAAUAGGUAAGUUGGUGAAAUCUAGUAGACCCGAUUUUGUCGGUAGAUUUAACUGCGGACUAGGAGUUUGGCAGUUUACUAAAUUAUUAUGAAAUUUCUAAAAAAGCACUGAUUGGUUGAACAAACGCCGGCCUGUGGUCGAGCGAACCCAGCCUAAGGACUUAACAAAGCUAGAAGUACUUGUUGCAAUGUCAUAGUCGUUGAAUACAAAGCGAGCCCCAGUCUUCUGAAUUUGCUCAAUACGCUUUAUGUCAGUGUCAGUAUAAGGAUUCCAAAAGAGGAUGCAUAUUCAAGCGUAGUUCUAACCAGUGUCAUAUAAGCUCUCUCUAUAACCUCUGCGCUGCAUGGUUUCAGUGAUCUUCUAAUAAGACCAAGGAACUCAUUUUCCUUUGCAGCUAUCUUAGAAGGCUAUAAACUAAAUCCUACUAUCCUAUUGGCCUUAAUUCGCAAAUUUAGAAACUAGAAGGAAACUCUGCCGCGUUAACUUUCACAAAGAAUUGUGGGACUGUUACUAGGGACAGGGAAAAAUAUUGACUAAUAGCUGACCGGCGUCCCCAACAAUGAUCCCUGAAACAAUUGCGCGACACAUUUUGGCUCAGUCCAAUAGAGUACUAAAGCGAUGACGUCAUAAAAAUGAAAUUUCGGAAAUUAUGGGAUUUGCCAAAAAUGAGCAUUUCGGGGCAAACUGUCUCUGAGAUCGUAGCCCAGUUAUGCUUAGAAAACUCAAUACAAACCCUUCUAAAUUUUCUUUGGUCGACACCCAAAAAAUUACAAGGGUUUGUAUGGAGUUUUCUGAGUAUAACCGGCUAACAUCUCAGAGACAAUUUGCCCCGAAAUGCUCAUUUUUGGUAAGUAGGCCUUUGGACAUUGUUCUUUCAGAAUUUCCUGACAAAUCCCAUAAUUUCAGAAAUUUCAUUUUAUGACGUCAUCACUUUAGUACUCUAUUGUAAUUCAAAAUUCAUUGGUCCUCGUUUAACGAUACCCUAUUCUUACCCUGCGAGCAAAGGCCCUUUGAUCUUCGUAGAUAAGUCGGAAACCCUUUUCUUGCACUUCUUCAGAUAGGCGUCGAAUACACGUACGUUAGUUCGGAAAUCCUUCGUUGACUUUGGCUGAGUUUCGGAAACCUUCGACCAGUCGUAGUGAGAUCUCAAAAGUCUUGUUUCAAGUUUUGGCUGUAAAUAUUGGCAGCUUUUGGGGUAUCUUCGACCGCACAGUCAGUCCACUUGAAGUGAUUUAACCAAAUUGACAGAUACAAGGAAAUCGGCUCGUAACAGAUAUACCUUGAUUGAGAAAACAGCCGACAUUUCGCGACGCCACCACUGGUUUCCCUGCGAAAUGACGUCUAAGAGACGAGCGCAGAAAUUCCACACUGAUGACGCGUCAUUCAGAACCCAGACCAGGGUAGUGCUUCUGAUUGGCUGAGGUAAAUUUCUCCCGCGACACGACCAAUCAGAAGCAGUACCUAGAUCUGUGUAGUGACGCGUCAUCAGUAUGGAAUUUCUGCGUUCGUUUCUCAGACGUCAUUUCGCGGAAACCAGUGGUAGCUUCGCGAAAUGUCGGCUGUUUUCUCAGGCUUCUUUUGUUAUCGCUCUUUUAGAAUAUACUUUUCAUUUGCUUGUAUUCUGUUGCAGCUUAUAUUUGAGGGUACUCGUGGAGAUAAUGCGCAGGGCGACAUUGCAUUGGAUGAUGUAAAACUUGUUGAGGGACCAUGCUGAAGCGUUCGUCAAAGCAACGCGGUGACAAAACAGCGUGUCUGAAAUAACCAUUGUCUUUAUGUAACAAAGUAAAGCUAUAAUAAAUAAAAACCAGUAGCCGAUUACAGGCUCCUGACAAAGUUUGAAU